CCUAAACUUCUUGAUCUUGGUGCGGUUCAAGAGUCGGUGCUCAAAGACAACUUGGAUAUAAUGGAAGCUAACGGAUUUGGAUUUGAAUUCCGUGAAAAAGACAUAGAAGAGAUCCUCGCUGUGGUUUCGGAAUUCCCAGGAGUCAUGUAUCGUCCCGCAAAACUUCGGAAAAUAUUCGCUUCUAGAGCUUGUAGAAAAUCAGUAAUGAUCGGUACUGCACUAACUACAAAUCAAAUGAAAUCGAUAGUCAGUCAUCUGGGAACACUCGAUCAACCGUGGAACUGCCCCCACGGUCGUCCAACGCUUCGACAUUUGGUGGAUCUUAACAAGAUAAAAUAG